UAACCGGUGCCCUGGUUGCGCACGCAGCAUCUCUCCGCCGUCCACGCACACCUGGUGUUUAUAGGAGGUGUUCAGUUGGAACCCACGUGCAGUGCUGUUGGUAUCGCCUCGCAUAGUAGUGCGUCGCGUGAGCCUUCACAGCCACGCACGGGCUUACCACGCGCCAAACCUGGUGAGAGGAGAGGAGACACGCACAGAUUGCGCGGCGAGGGACCCGAGGAGACUCAAAGGAGAGGAAGAACGGUGCGACGAGUCUUCUUCGUGAAGCUCCUCUUUCUGCCGGCGGCGCCCCCCCCUUGCUGUUGAGGCCGUGGUAUGAGCCUAUGUGGCAGGAAGACGCUGACUUUGCUGAGCAGCGUGUUCGCUGUCUGCGCCCUGGGUCUGUUGGGGAUCGCUGUGAGCACCGACCACUGGCUCUACCUGGAGGAGGGCGUCAUCCUUCCCCUCAACCAGAGCACCGAGGUACGCAUGUCCCUCCACUCUGGCCUCUGGAGGGUUUGCUUCUUGGCUGGGGAGGAUAAAGGCCGGUGUUUCACCAUCGAGUAUGUGAUGCCCACGACCCUCCAGCUGACCUCUGAGUCCACGGUCAGUGUCCUGAAGAUGAUCCGUUCUGCUACACCCUUCCCCCUGGUUAGCCUCUUCUUCAUGUUCAUCGGUUUUGUGCUGAGUAACAUCGGACACAUCCGACCCCAUCGCACCAUCCUGGCCUUCGUUUCUGGUAUUUUCUUCAUCCUGUCAGGUCUCUCUCUGGUGGUCGGCCUGGUGUUGUACAUCUCCAACAUCAAUGACGAAAUGUUGAACAGAACCAGAACUAAUGAGGCCUACUUCAGCUACAAGUACGGCUGGUCAUUUGCCUUUGCUGCCAUCUCCUUCCUGCUCACUGAGGCUGCAGGCGUCAUGUCCGUGUACCUGUUCAUGAAGCGCUACACAGCAGAGGAGAUGUACCGGCCCCACCAGGGCUUCUACCAGCCUCGCCUGAGCAACUGCUCGGACUACUCCGGCCAGUUCCUCCACCCUGACGCCUGGGCCGGGCGGGGUCGCAGCGCCUCCGCCAUCUCCUCGGAGGCCUCCCUCCAGAUGAACUCCUCCAACUACCCAGCCCUCCUCAAGUGUCCAGAGUAUGAACAAAUGUCUUCCUCACCGUGCUGAAGCAGAGGUUAUUCGACUAGUUGUCUUAGCACUGUGGGGGUCCCACUCAUCCACCUGGAUUUUGGAGUAAUAUUGUCAGAUAAUUUAAUACUAUCCAGCUUGAAUCGCUCCCUUUUUCGAGUGUCCUGACUACGACCUGCUGCAGAUUUCUUAUUCAUAAUUAUUUCUGCUCCUGUUUGAAACCAAAACUUAAGUUGUGGGUUAGCUAGUUCACUUUAUUCCGAGUCUCGUUCUCGGAGAGAGAGAGGAAAGGGUUUAACCAGCCUGGUGUUUUUCUCUAGUUUUAAACCGUCAACCUACUGAAAUAGUAGUAGUGCAACGUCGUUUGAAAGGAGUAGAUGGAGCAGCCCGGAGCCGGAGAGAGCGUGUCUAGUAUUUGCUUGUUUGUGGUGUUCCCACAAUCCUGACAGGCGCACACACACCACACAACUACACAUGAGGAGCAUUUACCACUGGAGAGAUACUUUGUGCAAUGGAUGCCAAGUCUGCACGUUUCAGUCAGAGAGCUGAACGCCGUGAGUGAAAUCACCUUAAAGACGAGACGAUAUGUUUAGAAUGUUGAAUCUCGGAGUCACUAAAACAUUUGAUCACUGGACCAAUAGUGCAGACUUUUUAGUUUUGGAUUGAGUUUGGAAGGAAAAUGUUAAAGUCACAUCUGCGUUGUCUCUCCUCAGUUGGUGCAGAAAACGGCACUGGUCAUAUCUUACUGGGUUCUCAGACACAUGACUGCUGCCUCAGACUUCUUGAGCCAGAGUUUAUGAAACGAAUGAUGAAUGUGACUUCAAACCAUUCAAGCAGAUCAUUCCGAUGCCAGAUUUGCAGUCGGGGAUAUCUGAACCUUUCUAAGAUGCUACAAAAGCUUUUUUUCCAUUUACAAACACCAUAUGGGGGUUGAAAUUCUUCUUGUGAAAUUCUUUAUUGCUGCUAGUGCUAGUAUUAAUGUAUAUUCUUGUUACUUCAUGGAAACCCGUAAAAAAAUACAUUUCUCAUAACCCAUUAUUUAGAAAUAACACAUGACAAUACAGAUGUGAGUAAACCUUGUGUAUCCUUAGCGAACCCAUAUACAGUGUUUUAAGUGAAACAGUUUUUAAUUCAACAAGUGUAUUUAACCACAAUGUUGCAGCACUGUAUAUGUGUUGAUCACAUUGCAUGAAUGUGGGAACUAUAAGACAUUUAUUAUUUGGUAAAUAACAGGAGGCCAAAGGGAGAAUAUGGAACUUGGUGUUGACGGUUUUGAUGGAGAAUGUUUUAUUACGGAGCCAUUGUAAGUGUAAAAGAGGCUGUAGCAAAAACUGUAGAUUGAGAUAUAUUUUGCAAAAUUCCUAAUCGUAUUACCCAAAUUUAUCAACGCAUAUCUUUCUAACCCUCUUAUUUCUGAGUAUUCUUAGAUGCUUGUUUGACAAAUCUACUGCAGUCCUUGAUGUGCCAUGGAAGAAGUUGUAUCCAGGUUAAGAGGCUUCCCGUUAAGUAUUGAACAUGAGUUUUAUGCAGAUUUCCAUAAGUAAAUACUGAGGAUUUUGUCUGGUGCAGUAUUCUUAUUUUAUUUUUUACUAAAAGUAAAAUGGUCAGAAUAUAUUGUUGCAUGGUGUGAACUCCACAUAUAAUUAAUGGAAGGCAACAUUUCGUCAGUGGAUCUUGGGGCAUUCUGGGUAUUCCACCUGCAGUACGUCAAACCAACAAACAACAACUACAACAACUAAUAAAGGCUCGCCCUAUUUUGGCACAUGUACAGCUUUUAUUUAGUUUAUUUUAAAAGAUGUAAAUAAGAAAUCACUACUGCAGGUGUAUACAUUAAUUAUUGCAUCAUUGGAAGUACCUGUAAAAUGUUUUUUGUUGUUUAGUAGAUUAAUCUGCAACUACUGCUUUGCCUCGUAUAUCAAAAAAAGUGAGCUUUUGCAUAAUGUUAAACCUAAACGUAUUUAAAUGGUGUCAUUGUCAAACAUCAAAUUUACAUUUCUUUGUAAUUUUUCAAUCAGUUAAUUUCAUGAUAAAUGUGCAAUAUAAUAAAUAUGGAUACUCAAUAAAAUAAAGUUUAAUGGGA